CUCCUUUCCUGUCUGCUUCCUUUGACCAAAGCAGCUCAUAUAAGCCAGACUCGUACACCGAUUAGCAGUCCUCACACUCGUGUAUACAAAAGCAAAAGAAACGGGGCCUUCAUUCGUCCAAAACUAUAUCUGCACAUAAGCCUUCGAUUCCAUUACGAGUCAGGUUUUCCAUCUUGUUGCCGAGAAUUCAAUAACGAUGUUGAGACAGCUAUCCGGCAGAAACCCAAGGACCAGGACCUUCGACCCGAGGCAUGUGACUCUAGCAUGUCUCCUCCUCCUCCUCCUCCUUGUAAUCUGCUUAGGGUUGCUUUAUGAAGUGAAGCCAUCUUCCCUCAAGAACCGUCACCACGAGAUCUCGCCGUUUGGGAGGAAGGAGUUGCGUCUUCAAGCUGCGGGCCAAGGUUCGAGGAGGGAGAUGAUAGAAGAGAAGGAAGAGAGAGCGGGAAGAGAGAGAGAAGAAAUCAAAAAGCUCCAAGAAAGCAAGGCGAACGAAGAAGACGGCGAGGUUGGAGAUGAUGAGAGGGACGUGAGGAGUGAUCGAGAGAUAGAGGAAGAGGAAGAGUUGGAGGAGAUGGAUGAUUUGGUCAACGAAGAAGAAGAAUUGGAGGAGGAGGAAGAUGAAGAGCGAGAGAGGUAGUGCCAUGGCGGAACAUGCUCCAAGCGGAGGAGAAAAGAGAUUUCUUUAAGUCCCGGUGAUCUGGUUUUCAAGUUCCCGGUUUCCAACUUCUCUGUUUCGAUGUGUUCGUCUAACCAUAGUUUCAAUUGUAUAUAGACUUAAAGACCUUGUAAUUUUCAUACUUAGUCUUUCAGAUGUAAUCAUUGAGAGAUUAAAUCAUACAAUUCUCGUCGUGAUGUUCAAUUUGA